CAUGUACCGUUGCAGAUCCCUAUCCAAUCAACCUUUUUUUCCUUUCUUUCCAGAAGUUUUGAAGAUUGAUUGUAUGGAAUGGAAGUGAUGGGAUCCUAUGAAAUAACAGAGCGGUAGGAUUAGGCAGAGCCCACGAAAACGACGACCAACCUGCAUAGUUUAAUACAUAAACGGCUCUAAAAUACAGCUGUAUCGCAAUCAGUGUUUCCCUACGACAUCAAUGUCAUAUGUAGGAAUGAUGUCGUAUAAGUGUGGAGAAGGAAAAACUAGUGCUCUUGUGGGGCAAAAGUAAAGUAAAUAAAAAGACACCUUUGUGUUGCUGCUGUUGCUGCUUUAACAAGUUUUAAUUUAUCUGCGUUUCCCCUUCUUUCUAAUUCUACCAACUCGUAUGAAGAACUCCAUUGCCUCAGAAAAGUAGUCAGUCAGUAUUACUAUUCAGUCGUGCAGGGGGGGAGCCGCUGCUCGAUCGUUGUCUACUUUUUCACCUUCUCGUUUCGACAACGAAUGUCUAAUUGCUGUGUUUGAGUAGUGAGAUCAUGGCCUGCGGUGGUGCUGACCUUCAUCGUGGCUUAACCAGGAGCUCCCUGCAGGAUUCGGAAUACUCGUCAUGAAGUCUCGAUCGCUUUCUCCCGGAACCAGUCUUGCCUCUGCUGAAUCCUUGUCCAUGCCUCUGUUGCAGGAAGUCGUUCUCUCAGCUGACAUAAGUUGUAGCGAUUGCCAAAAGAGACUUUCCGAGAUGAUGUCAAAAAUGGGUGCAGAGAUAGAAUCUGUUGUGGUGAAUGCGUCGGAGAAGAGGGUGACGCUCGUAUGCAGAUAUCCCGGUGCAGCCAAAGUUCCAUCCACUCGGCUAGUCGCUGCAGUGAACAAAAACCCUCUGAAAAAAAUUUCAUUGAUUCGAAGGAUGCUAUUCCAAACCAAAUAAGUCCAACACAAGUAUUCCUCAUUCCUUGAACAAUUGAAUUCGACGUGUAUUUUAGUUUUUUCUCGCUGAUUAAUCGGUGAUAUGUACAUAAUUAAGUCCGUUGUUCAAUUCCACGGUGUUUUGGGACUCGAUUUUCUGUAACAUAAACCUUUGAGUUGAAGAAAAGUGAUGCUUGACCUUGCCAUAA